AUGGAUCAGAGUGUAUUGUGCUAUUUCAAAUGUUCGUUUCAGAAAGAUUUGCUGGAAUAUGUUUUGUCUUCCGUCGAAGAUGAGCAACGUAGUAUAAAAACUGAAGUGGACAUUCUCACGGCCAGUGAUCUGGUCAAAAAAACUCGGAUGUCUUUGCAUCCGCACGUACUGAUCAAUGCUUUUAUAAAAUCUGGGUUUAAAGCCACAUAG